CGCACUGGGCUUACUGCAGCUGCAGUGCCGGGUACAGGCAGCUCCAGCUUCACAGCAGGGAUCGAGGCUCAGAGCAGGAGGCUGGGAGGCAACGAUGGAAGUCGUGGAAGCAAUCUCAGGGAGACCCCAGCUGCUGCCCUUGGGAGCUGGAGUCAUCGCUCUGCUGUUGACAAUUGUGACUGUGUGCUCCCUGCCCUCCCUGAUGGAACACUGGAGGCGGUGGCGGAUGAUGAAGUCGAUCCCGGGUAUCAGCCCCUGCUAUCCUGUGCUGGGAAAUGCCCUGCUUCUAGAGCGGGAAGGACAAGGUUUUUUUAAACAGCUACAGUUUUAUGCUGAGGAGUUCAGAAGUUGGCCAUUGUUCAAACUUUGGAUAGGACCAUUGCCUGUUAUGAUUUUGUAUCACCCUGACAGUGUGGAGGUUAUUCUGAACAGCUCAAAACAUAUAGAAAAAUCAUACCUGUAUGAUUUCCUGCAUCCGUGGCUGGGCACUGGACUUCUGACAAGCACUGGAGACAAGUGGCGGUCACGGAGGAAGAUGAUAACUCCCACAUUCCACUUCGCAAUCUUGAAUGAUUUUCUAGAGGUCAUGAAUGAACAAGGAAAUAUUUUGGUGAAGAAACUUGAGAAGCAUGCUGACAAGGAACCAUUUGAUGUCUUUAUGGACAUCACUCUGUGUGCCCUUGAUAUCAUCUGUGAAACAGCAAUGGGCAAGAAUGUGGAUGCUCAGAAGAAUAAGGAUUCUGACUAUGUUUCUGCUAUCUACAGGAUGAGUGAUCUAAUCCAACAGCGACAGAAGAGCCCUUGGCUUUGGCCUGAUCUUUUGUACAUACUGUUCAAAGAAGGAAGAGAACACAAGAAGAACCUCAACAUCCUUCACAAUUUUACAGAUACAGUCAUUGCAGAAAAAGCUGAAGAACUUAAAAACAGCAAGCAAAAGCAACAUGAUAGUGAUGUCAAUGUAAAUGGUAAAGAAAAUGGUUCCAAAACCAGGAAAGCAUUCCUGGACAUGCUGCUGAAUGCAACAGAUGAUGAAGGGAAUAAACUGAGCUACCGGGACAUUCGUGAGGAAGUGGAUACCUUCAUGUUUGAGGGCCAUGAUACAACAGCAGCUGCUAUGAACUGGGUCCUGUACUUGCUUGGACAUAAUCCUGAAGUUCAGAAAAAGGUUCACAAAGAAUUGGAUGAGGUGUUUGACAACACUGAGCGUUCUGUUACAAUGGAUGAUUUGAAGAACCUUCGAUACCUUGAAUGUGUUGUGAAAGAAGCUCUUCGUCUCUACCCUUCAGUUCCCAUGUUUGCCCGUACCUUGAGAGAGGAUUGUUGUAUUAAGGGAUAUCAGAUACCAAAAGGUGCAAAUGUUCUUGUUUUAACUUACGCCCUGCAUAGAGACCCUGAGAUGUUCCCUGACCCAGAGGAGUUCAGGCCUGAGCGAUUCUUCCCUGAAAAUUCUAAGGGAAGGCACCCAUAUGCUUAUGUGCCCUUCUCAGCUGGUCCCAGGAACUGCAUUGGUCAGCGCUUUGCACAAAUGGAGGAGAAAACUAUUCUAGCCCUCAUCCUGCGGCGCUUUUGGGUCGAGUCAUGUCAAAAGCCAGAAGAGCUCGGUUUAUCUGGAGAAUUGAUCCUUCGUCCAAAUAAUGGCAUGUGGAUUAAACUGAAGAGGAGAUCAAAUGCUGGCUCAGACUGAAAGGAAUUUCAAGAGUUUGCUUCCAAAAGUUUUCAAUCUAUUUAGGCUGAGACAUAUUUUAAAAUCAAAUAUUUUGAUGUCAGUCCAGUGAUUUGUUAAAACUAGUUGUUACUGUUUGUUAAAGAAGAUGUAGUAAUAGCCCUAAUUGCUCUACUUUUAUAGUACUUGUGAACUUCAUGUCAAUCUUUGAAAUGCGAAGCCUUUAAAUCUCAAGUUUUAGUGCCUUAUCUGCUCAGAUGAAACUAUUCUAUUGCCACAGUGCCGCAAAAUCUUAAACUAUGGUAAUAACAACAGCAAUGCCUGUGAUCAAGUGAUCAGUUUACAUACCAUAGCAUUUUCCAGGUAGCUGGAAGUCUCAAGUAUCUGUAGUUUUCAGGUUUCUUUGGUUCUGAAAGAUACAAGUGAUAAUUUUUCCUCUUGACACAGUAUUUUCUCUUUUUUGGUGAUAACUGCAUUUGUAAAGACCAAGAAAAGUCUCUGAUAAUCUCACUGCUCCUCUGUAGACAUUUGAAGUCAUUUUUAAGUAGUGAGUACUCUGAAUUAUUUUUUAGCAAAUUGUACCAAAAGCAUUAAUCUUUAUAACCAUAGCAGGAACUAGACGGUGUGCAAGUUAUACACAGGAUUCCAUAAUUACAGAAGCACUGUAUGAUUACAAUUUUGAGAAUAAACUUCUACUAUGCUUUCAA